AUGGUUUCCUCAGCCUUUGCUGAUCGUCCGAUCAAGAAACUAGUCCUUUUCGAUGUCGAUGGCACCCUGUCUCUCGCGCGUCAAGCUGCUUCGCCAGAAAUGCUUCAGUUGCUCAAGGACCUCCGGAAGAAACUUGUUACCGGGUUUGUUGGCGGCUCCGAUCUCGUCAAGAUUUCGGAGCAGCUGGGAAACAAUGUCGUGAACGACUUCGACUUCGCGUUUGCAGAGAACGGCUUGACAGCGUACAAAAUGGGGAAGGUGCUACCGUCCCAGUCCUUCAUCAAGUUUAUCGGAGAAGAUAGAUAUAAGAAGCUUGUCAACUUUAUUCUGCACUACUUGGCGGACAUAGAUAUUCCUAUCAAAAGAGGCACGUUCGUGGAAUUCCGGAACGGAAUGAUCAAUGUCAGCCCCAUCGGACGUAGUGCGACAAUACAAGAGCGUCUUGACUUCGCAGACUACGACAAGGUGCAUAAUAUUCGGGCAGCAUUCGUCAAAGUUCUGCAAGAGAAGUUCCCAGACUAUGGCUUGACAUACGCGAUCGGAGGUCAGAUCUCUUUCGACGUGUUCCCGAACGGUUGGGACAAGACGUACGCCCUCCGCCAUGUGGAAAGCGAAGGGUUUGAGGAAAUUCAUUUCUUUGGGGAUAAAACCUACAAGGGCGGAAAUGACUGGGAGAUAUUCAAUGACCCUAGAACCAUCGGUCACUCUGUAACAAGCCCCGCGGAUACAGCAAGAGUUUUGAAGGAGCUAUUCUUUAGCUGA